GUUGAAAGGAGCCAGUCCCUGGACAGCAGCCCUCCUUGGUCCACGCUAGGAGAUGGCCAACUUUCUCUCUGACCUCAUUCAAUACCGGGGUUUGUUCCAAAUGAUCCUCGUGCUCGGAAUAGGCGGCAGCUUCCCAUAUGGGUUCCAUAUUUCUGUGAUCAACUACCCCUCCAUGCAUAUUAAAAAAUUUAUCAAUGAAACCUGGAUGGAUCGUCAUGGCUUCCCACUCCCUCAAGAGACCAUCCUGUUACUGUGGUCCUUCAUUGUGUCUGUCUAUGGCAUCGGAGGACUGCUGGGGAGUGUCUGCUGUGGGUACCUCACAACAAAGUAUAGGAAAAAGAAAUGCCAAAUGUUUACCAACGUGAUCAUGCUGGCUGCUGCCCUAUCCAUGGGUCUCAGCAAGAUGGCCAAAUCGUUUGAGAUGAUCCUUCUCGGUCGCCUCCUCUAUGGAAUUGGCAUUGGUUUUUCUUUUAAUAUACACCCUCAAUAUGUGGGAGAGAUUUCACCAAAGAAGCUGCGUGGAUUUACAAAUGCCACAGUGGCUGUUUUUUUGACACUAGGGAAAGUCGCAGGACAAGUGAUAGGCCUUGGGGAAAUGUUAGGAAGUGAAUCCUUGUGGCCUUUGCUGCUGGCAUUUAGCGCACUCACAGCAGGGAUCCAGCUCGUUACGCUCCCUUGCUUCCCCGAUUCCCCAUCCUACCUUCUGAUACAGAAGGACAAUGAAGAAGGCUUCAUGAAAGCCAUUAGGCAGCUCUGGGGUGAAGGUGACCAUCAAGCAGAAAUCAAUGACCUCAAGAAGGAGAAGGCAGCCAUGCCGAGCACCAAAAGCCUCCGGGUGCUUGAGGUGAUGAAGACGCGAUCUCUGCGCUGGCAGCUGUACGUGAUGAUCACCGUCAUGACCACAUUGCAGCUCUGUGGCAUCAAUGCAAUCUACUUCUACUCGUUCGAGGUCUUCCGCACUGCCAAGUUUGAAGAAGAGCUCAUCCCAUACGUUGCACUGGGAGUUGGGAUCUGCGAGUGCCUCUCAUCCAUCUUGUGUAGUUCCCUAAUCGAGUGCUUUGGGCGGAGGCGGCUGCUGUGGGGAGGCUAUGCCUCAAUGGUCCUGGUGCUCGCGCUGCUCACAGUGACCCUCUCGCUCCAACAUCACUUCUUUUGGAUGCACUACUGCAGCGUCAUUCUGAUCUUCCUCUUUGUUCUCUUCUACGGCAUUGGGCCCUCUGGAGCCACCAUCUCCGUCAUGGUUGAAAUCUUCAACCAGAACUUCCGCCCAUCUGCCUUCGUCAUCGUGGGGAUCAUCAACUGGUUGGGUCUCUUUCUGCUCGGGAUGAUUUUCCCGGUCAUUGUGGAAUAUCUUGGUCCCUUCUGCUUCUUGAUCUUCAUGGUAAUCCUUGCUGUUUCAAGUGUUUUCAUUUACCUUUUCCUUCCAGAAACAAAGGGAAAAUCCAUCAUGGAAAUUACAAUGGAGUUUAAUAAGUUGAAUUAUGGAAAGACUCAUGUUUUUCCUACAGAAAAUAAUUACCCAAAGGAAACCAGUUUUUGUACCAGGCUUUAACUCCCCAGUUUCGAAUCUCUAUUUCUUAGGGAGUUGUCCGUUGUGUUGCUGAUACAAAUGAAACUGUGGCAUUCAUCCAAGCUGGAACAUUUACAGUUACAUUGCUCUGUCAUUCUCUCGGCUUCACAGAGAGCUUCAUCAGUGAAAUCCUCCUGUUUACAUCCUGUUAACCAGAAGAUCUGACUAGGCCCUUCCCCAAGAUAUGUUGCUGGGAGCUGCCUGUGUGUCCUAACACUGCCUCUCCUUUUGUGUUGUGGUGCUAACAUGUUCCAGCCCCACAAAAUGCCAUUCACCAGUUGCUGUGUCCCAGAGGAGCCCUCCCAAGUCGUCGAACUGAAGCUCAAAGGCUGUGAAUGAAGCCACCAUGGAGGAGGGAGACGGUGCAGUUUCCAUGGCCCACCCUAGAAGGACUGGAAGCAAUGGCCUCAGGCAGCCAGUGUGAGCCAAGCCCUGCAUCCCAAUGCCAGUAAUGGAUUGGUGGUGCUAAUUCUUUUUACAUGAGUAUUUAAUUGCUUUGAGUGCAAAUACUGGAGGAAAAUAGAGCAUAAAUGAAAUAAAUAACAAUAGCUAAUAGGUGAGGAAGAUAAGGGUAUAAGUUCCACAAAGGGAGGUCCCUGUGCCUAGAAGCCUCUUGAUGCCAGCACUGAGCGACAAAGACCGGAAGACUGAGGGAAUCCAUCUACUGAAAUCUGCACAUGUGCUCUUCACACCUUAUGUUCAAUCCCAACUAGCGUACAUACUUGGUACUUGCACGUUUGUUUUUUUAUAAGCCAUUGUUGCGUGUGACCAGGACCUGAAGAGUUUUAGUCUGAAUGAGCCACAGGCUGAUCACCCUCCUGUUUGAAGCUCUUCAAUAUGUAAGACACACACACACUCAACUUGCUCCCUCCAGCGCAGCUAAAACCAGGCAGGUUCAGAUGCAAAGCUUACAAGAUGCUACUACCAAUAUCUAAGACAAGAGUGGCCUGUUGGGAGCUUGACAUGAACCCUAUUGGAUUGGUACUGAGUCUCUCCCCUCACCUCCCCAUAACAAGUCAACAGCACUAUUAGCUCUGCCAUGAUGUCUCCCUAUCAUUCACCUAGAAUCUUACGUACACAAAGACGAAUUGUAAAUCCCCAAAGCAUUUCUCUCAUUCUCCAAGGACCUGGUCUCGUUAGCUCACAAAGCAGUGUCAGAUGUUGACAUAAGAAGUGGGCCUUCCUCAUCCCUAUCUCUCCUUUUGUAUAUCCGAAGGGUUGAAAACACUCCGUUUGAGUCAUACCAGUAAAGGGGCGAUAGGG